CCGGGGGAGGAAUUAAUGCGUCCGGCGCAAAGGAUCCUGGGAGUCCACAGGCUCUAGUUCUCUGGUCAAGAUGUCUGACAUGGAGGAUGACUUCAUGUGCGACGAUGAGGAAGAUUAUGACCUGGUAGGGGAAUACUCCGAAGAUAGUAACUCUGAACCCAACGUUGAUCUGGAAAACCAGUACUACAACUCCAAAGCAUUGAAGGAAGAUGACCCCAAGGCAGCUCUCAGCAGUUUCCAGAAGGUUUUAGAACUGGAAGGUGAAAAGGGAGAAUGGGGAUUCAAAGCAUUGAAACAGAUGAUCAAAAUAAAUUUCAAACUGGGUAAUUAUCCUGAAAUGAUGAACAGAUAUAAACAGUUGUUAACCUACAUCCGCAGUGCUGUCACCCGGAAUUACUCUGAGAAAUCUAUCAACUCGAUUCUCGAUUACAUCUCCACAUCGAAGCAGGUCUGGAUACCAAUACUGGCGUUGUCUGAACUGUCCAAGAAUAUUGACUUUUCUUCACCUGGGCAAAUAGGCAUCUGUAUGGACCUUCUGCAAGAGUUUUAUGAAACAACACUUGAAGCCCUCAAGGAUGCAAAGAAUGAUCGGUUAUGGUUUAAAACAAACACAAAGCUCGGAAAGUUGUAUUUAGAAAGAGAAGAAUAUGGAAAAUUACAGAAGAUUUUACGCCAGCUACACCAAUCUUGUCAGACCGAUGAUGGAGAGGAUGAUCUGAAGAAAGGAACUCAACUCCUGGAAAUUUAUGCUUUGGAAAUUCAGAUGUAUACCGCACAGAAAAACAAUAAGAAAUUGAAAGCACUAUAUGAGCAGUCCUUGCACAUCAAGUCUGCAAUCCCACAUCCUCUUAUUAUGGGAGUCAUCAGAGAAUGUGGAGGAAAGAUGCACUUAAGGGAAGGAGAGUUUGAAAAAGCUCACACAGAUUUCUUCGAAGCAUUUAAAAACUAUGAUGAAUCUGGGAGCCCGAGGAGAACAACGUGUUUGAAAUACCUGGUCCUAGCUAACAUGCUCAUGAAGUCUGGAAUAAACCCAUUCGACUCUCAGGAGGCGAAACCUUACAAAAAUGAUCCAGAAAUUCUAGCAAUGACAAAUUUAGUAAGUGCCUAUCAGAAUAAUGACAUCACUGAGUUUGAGAAGAUUCUGAAAACAAAUCACAGCAACAUCAUGGAUGAUCCCUUCAUAAGGGAACACAUUGAAGAGCUUUUAAGGAACAUCAGAACACAAGUGCUUAUAAAAUUAAUUAAGCCUUACACCAGAAUACAUAUUCCUUUUAUUUCAAAGGAGCUUAACAUAGAUGUAUCAGAUGUUGAGAGUCUGCUUGUUCAGUGCAUACUGGAUAACACUAUCCAUGGGCGAAUUGAUCAAGUAAACCAACUCCUGGAACUGGACCACCAGAAGAGAGGAGGAGCACGAUACACUGCUUUAGAUAAAUGGACCAACCAACUGAAUUCUCUCAACCAGGCAGUUGUCAGCAAGCUUGCCUAACAAAGAAGAAGUUGUUACUCAGUAGAUAAAAAAAAGUACUUAAAGGCAACAGUGCAGUCAUAUAACCCUUAAAAAGAACUGUGGAAUGGCAAAGAUAUACUGUUGGUUGCUGUGUGCCCUGAAAUAAAAAAAAAAUAAGGAAUUUUUGACCGAAGCGCUUUCUGAUCAGCUGGUAUGUGUUUCACUGCUGCAUUUGUCCCAAGAGAAUAAAGAAAAACAGCUUUAACCUCCAGAAGAUAACCAAAAUGUUACGGGAACUAUGCUGUAUUGUUGUCAUCUUGUCCUGUAAAACGCAACACCUUAGUACACAGGCAAAUCAAGACCAGAGAGAAGAUUUUGUCACGAUUUUAAAUAUACACUGACACAUUACUGUUGGUUCAAUUUAAACAUUUUACCU